AUGCGCAACUACUUCCCUGACCAUGUGUCUCAGUGCAUCGCGAACGAGCGGGAGUGCCGCUACCGCCCGAGUAAGCGCGGUGGGGCGCGAAGGGGCGAGCGAUAUCAAAAUGCAAAGCAACGAACCCAUGCCAUCAGCUCGCAGACUCCCGAAUUCUCUUAUGGUUCAUCACAUGAUAGCAGCUCCUUGGGAGAUAAUAUCGUCGAUCUUAUCUACCCCUUGCAUGAAAUUCGAGAUGUUGACAACUUCGUCGACACAGGUAUUCCGUCCGAUAUGAACCCAAACGCAGACCAGGGGAUAUCCAGUGGGCCUCCUGGUCUGUUAAUGCUAAGGGCAUAUCGAUCGGAUGCAGAUCUGCUGAAUGCGUACUAUAUUUUCAUCCACCCUUAUCUUCCUUUGUUGCCACCUCCUGAUGUGCCUCGCACUACUGAUUGCCCAUGCUCGGUCCCAGUGACGGAGAUUGAGCCACACCACUCAUGUCUACCAUUCCGGCCCAAGUCCCCACUGGGUCUGGCGUUGAUGGCAAUUCUGGCAUUGGUCCCUCUCUCAGACGAGUUGGACCCCAUGCGAGAGGCAGCGAUUGCUUUGCGCAGAUCUUAUUCAAAAAUGUACGUGCAGGCUACUCUAGAGUCUAUCGAGAGCUCUACCAGUUAUGAUGACGCUGGCCCGCACGGCUCUUUUAGCCCUUGUCUACCCCCAGUCCUUGAUGGUAUUCUAGCCCUCCUCCUGCUAGCGGUUUAUGAGUUUUCCCAGAAUAGCAACAGGAAGCGGAUGCGCUCUCAUGCUCAUCAUGCGUUGACUCUUGCAAUGGACCUGUCGCUUCAUACUCCUGGUUCUGAUUUGGACUCCGAAGUUAAACAAAGGGUUUGGUGGAUGACUAUGUUCCUGGUGUAUCAGUCUGCAAUAUUGAACCAUUCGUCUCCUAUUGUCCUUAUGAACGACCAACGUAUCUCAACCCCUUUCCCCGUUUUCGCUGGCUGCCGUGAGGUUAUACCGGCCUUGAUGAAAGCACAAGACGUACUCCUUAAGACAACCGAUAUUCACAAGACGCUGAAGAAAGGCAAUAUCACAGGCUCCCACGAGUCCAUUCGCCAGCAUAUUACUGAACUUAACUCUUACGUCCUGACGGUAGCGGCUGAUCUGAGCUGCUUUCAAACCGUUAAAACUACAGGAGGUGUUGAUGCAUCAGCUGCCCACAACCUCUUCCUAACAGGUCGAUUUUUGAUCCACACUGCCAGGAUAAAACUACACCGAUUCCGAGCAUUUGGAGAUUAUCCGGUGUUCCUCGACAAGUUUUGCGAUCUCAAUUCGCUGAACAGCUCGAUUAAUAGCGCGCAAUUAUCCGAGUUUCCCUCAGGCUUCUCACCGGCACACCUGGAAGACGUCGAUUCCAUAUUCCCAUUCACUGAACAAGAAUCUACUAAUAUCUGUCUUAAAUCCGCACUGGUUCUGUCCCGAGUCCUUCGGAAUCUGGAAUGGCCAAAUCCAUCGUGUUCGGAGAUGAAGCCCAGCGAAGUCACUGUGGGGUGUUCAAUGCCUACAUUGCGUCAUCAAUACCCACGCUCUCUGCCGUACAUGGCCUGCUGUGGGAUGCAAAGUUGCUAUGUUCUCAUCAUGCUGUUGCAAAAGGUUAGAGCAUCGCUGGACGCCGGUAACUUUGCGAGUUAUUAUCACCUCCCGGACCAAGAGCCUGGGUCUGAAAUGGAGGAUGCAGAGAGGCUGAUUGAGGAACUCCGACAUGGCGUCAAAUCGGUAUGUGAGUUUAUGAGUUCUAAUGCCAUUUUCGAGGGGUUCAGGGAUAUGGCUCGUGAAGUCGAAAGUAUUUAUGAAGUUUCGUUUCAUAAUUGA